AGAGCCUUAGACUCUAUGGUUGCUCCCACCGACUCCCAUGAGGAAGCGCGACCAGAAACCUCCUAUAUACUUCCGUUUCCGACCCUACCUCUUUCUUUCCGUGCCGAUAGUGCUCUCGCAAACAUGGUGAACGUUCCUAAAACCCGCCGGACUUUCUGUAAGAAGUGCGGCAAGCACCAACCCCACAAAGUGACACAGUACAAGAAGGGCAAGGAUUCACUGUAUGCCCAGGGAAAGCGGCGUUAUGACAGGAAGCAGAGUGGCUAUGGUGGGCAGACUAAACCAAUUUUCCGGAAAAAGGCUAAAACUACAAAGAAGAUUGUGCUGAGGCUGGAAUGCGUUGAGCCCAACUGCAGAUCUAAGAGAAUGCUGGCUAUUAAGAGAUGCAAGCAUUUUGAGCUGGGAGGAGAUAAAAAGAGAAAGGGCCAAGUGAUCCAGUUCUGAGCUUCAUACUUUUAUUAUGAAGACAAUAAAAUUUUGAGAUUGUUUACUUUUUGUUUCAGUUGCUUUUUUGGAAGGGAAAUAAACUACCAUCAAUAAAAGUAUCCUUGGGAAAUUUGA